CCGUGAAGCAGGAUCGUUCUCUUUCUUUGUCUCUCUCUCUUUCUCUCUCUUUAUCUACUUCUUCUUCUUGUUCACCUCUUCGUAGAAGAGGAUACCAAGGAGUCAUGAGAAUGAAAGAAAGAAAGAGAUAAGGAAAGAGAGAGAAGGAUAAAUAAAUAAAUAGAGAGACAGCAAGUACCGAAACGAAAAAGCUCUCGGCUAGUCUCGUAGAAAAAAAGAAAAGAAAGAACGAGGCAAAAAAAGGGAAAAGGAAAAAGAUAGAAAAGAGAUAGACUAGGAAGAUGAGGGUGAAGGGUGAAUAAUAAGGAAAAAAGAGAAAGAAAGAUAGAGGGAUAGAGAGAGAAAAAGAAAAAGAGACUCGAAGGAGAAGAGAGUAGACUAAUAGUCGUAGUAGAGGCGGGAAGAAAGGUGUCGGUGUGUUGACAUCUCUAGCCUCGGAGGGUGUCUCAUGUGCGCUCUACGUAACUCCACGGCUAGCUUUGGGGCUGUUGCUGGAGAAGGAAGAGGAGGAGAAAGAGGAGGAAGUGGAGGAGGAAGCCUAGUUUCGAGCAUCGAUCUCGAACCAUCGGCGCAGCUACUGCUGCUGUUGCUGCUGCUGCUGCUUCUGCUGCUUCUACUGCUGCUCCUGCUGCUGGCGCCGCCGCCGUUGUUGCUGCUGGUAAAGGAGGAGGUACUGGUGGUUGUGGCGGUGGUGGUGGUAGUGGUGGUGGUGGUGGUGGUACUGCUGCUAUGAGAAUGGCGCGAGUGCUAGAGGAAGACGCGAAAUCGUCGCAUCCUCCGUUCGUCGGAGGGCCGCGACAGAAGGACGACGGUGUGCCGCUCGUUGAAGAAGCGGUAGAGAACGGGCCGGUGAACGUUGCGAUUCGAUAAACGAAAUUUAUCAGCUUUUAGCUUUUCUCCGAAUGACAACGUAGAAGACGCCCUCUCAGCGUCUCGACGUUCAGGUUCGAGAAGGAUGCUGAACAGAGAGAGAACGUCGUCACCGAUAUCGACUACAACGAGGAUCACGAUGAGGAUCACGAAGACAAAUAAAAAGAGGAGAAUAACGAGGAAGUUGCAGGAGAGGGCUGAGCGUACUUUGGGUCUUCCCGAUGGAAUGCGAGCAGCCGAUCGAACGGCACGACUCGAAGGCGAUGUUCCGCGUUUUCCCGCGUAAUCGCGACCGCCUCGCUUGACCAACGGCGGUAAUCUCGCGGCGCGAUCAACGAAACAGCCAAAAUAUUGAAGAAAGUUUCGACGACGAUCCUUUGGCAUCUUUCUAUCUCUCUGUCUUUCUAUAUCUCUCUAUAUAUCUAUCUAUUUAUCUAUCUAUCUAUCUGCUUCUCUCAAAAGACUUUCGAACGAUCUUCGAACUCGCCGAUAUAUCUAUUUCAUUUCAAAAGACACAACGCCGACCUUAACUUUUGCCGUUCGUGUACGAUGUCCGUUCAAAGUGAACAUUAAUGUCCUUAAACGCUCCGAUGUAACGACAAAAAUCAAGACAUAUUCACAUAUUGAUAAUCCACGUAUCCUCCAAUUAAACAAAAAAUAUGGAUUGCUGCAACUACGUCGAAGCGUACACACCUAGUGCUCAUUUUUAUCAACAGCAACAACACCAUCAACAACAACAACAACAUCAACAGCAACAUCAUCAACAACAGCAAGCCUACUUUUACAACAACACUAGCGUUGCCCCAUACGCAAACUAUGGUACCACACCGAUUUCGAACAUGCUCGAGGCUAAUACACGUUAUAAUGCUGUCCUUCCGGCUGCUUAUCAUCCGACAGACUACGUCUACAAUCCCAAGGAGGCCCGAAUACGAAAAGCUAUGCGCGAGCAAAGCCGAGAAUCCUCAAGACGCUCGAUCCUGCAGGGCACGGUCGGGAAUGCACAGGAAUCUCUUGGAGCCUCGUCGUCAACAACGACGGCGACGACUACGACGACGACGACGACGAGGACGUCAUGUUCAUUGGCUGAUGAAUUCUUGGAUCAACAACAACAGCGGAAUCAUCUUGAUUGCAGUGCUGCGGGCUUGACCAAUUACCGAACAGAGCAAUUCGUCGGGCAAGCUCAUCAACCGCAUCAACAUGAUCAACAGCCAACGAUACAAGAGUCUUGGUGUCCAACGGUAAACGAACCACGUUCGAAAUAUGGAUACAAUGGCAGGGGACUAGAAUGGUAUACUGGUAUUAAUCUUGAGGUUGACGUUGAGCAGAGAUCACGACUCGCUAUGCAACAAUAUCAACUUCUUCAACAACAACAACAACAACAACAGCAGCAGCAGCAGGAACAACGACAACAACAACAGUUUGGUUUGGGAAAACAACCAAUAAACAUUAUCAGUUAUCAAGCAGCAGCCGCUACCGUUGCAGCUGCAGCUAAUCUCGGGAGAGAAAUUAGACGUCAACAGAUGCUUGGAAGCUACCAACUUACUGGAUUCCCUGAAGAACAAAAGUGGAGUCCUUAUCAGAACGUCGCGCAUACACAUCAUCAACAUGUAAGACCAAUCCAAUUACCCGCUCCACCGCAAAUUAUUAUUCCUCAUGUUAGCAGACAGGAAACUACUACUCAAGGAGCAUGGGGUCAUUUCUGCCACAAUUUGCCAACGUAUGUCCCUGGUGUGAUCCGUAACGUUACGAUGCACGGAAUUCGGCAAGCCAUCUUCUUGCGAGAUAGUACGUCCAAUAGACAGGGCGCAGAGAAUCAAUCGCAAAUACCAUGUAUUUCACGAAAACGCGAGCUCGAUAACACGCGUGACCUGUCUUAUCCGCCACCGGAACAUCAGCAGAUACUCACAGAAGCAUCUACAUCAGCGAUACCCAGAAGAUGUGAGAUAAUUGAAGAAAUGAGAUGGCAAGCGAAUCCGGUAACAGGUUCAAGGAUUUUCAAUGGAUUAUUAAUCCCAGCGACGAUGACGUCAAAGAGACCAAGAGAUCAGGAAAAAGACCAUGAUCAUCAUUCCUCCGAGAGCUUUGAAUCGAAGAAGCCAAAUUUGACACAACCCUUGCCCGGAUUUCAUCAAGCUUUUGGCUCGACAGAGAUUGGGAAGUUCUCGAGAUCGGAAUAUUUCGCGAACAUGAUCGGCGAUAAGAGUACCAGCGCAGAAGAGGAUAAGAAAGAGGACGUAAGUCAGAUAGUGGCCGCGGAAGUGAAAGGCACGGUGGUACCAACGACGAUGACGACGGCGACGACAACGACAACGACGGUAACUUCAAAUUCAACGAGAAGAAACUUUGACAAAGGAAAGUUCGAAAAUGAAGUCGUCGGAGCCGUUGAUCCGACAUCGUCUUUCGAUGUUGCCAAUCAAUGUUCGAGCAACAACAUUUUUCCAACGUCGUUGUCAUCGUCAUCGUCAUCGUCAUCGACAUCGACGUCAACCGAUGUUUAUUGUGGACAGCCCAUCAUCUCGCCUUGGCACAGUCCGCACGUCGGUCCUGUAGGUAGUGAAAUUUAAGUGUAUUAUCCAAUCAAAAAACAAAAAAAAAGCAAAAAAAAAAGAGAUUGCGAACAUUUUCGCGCCAUUUUAUUCGUUACGUUUUAGUGGUCUUCCCGUCGAGAAUCGAUCGAUCAUCAAAGAAGGAAAGUGAUUCGGCUUGUCCGAGAAAUGUGUGCCAAUGUAUGCUAACGAUAAUGAUGAUGAUGAUAGUGAUAACGAUGACGGUAAUAGUAUCGUCGUUAAUGUUUUUGGCAACACAAAUAGCAUUUUUAUCUGUGGAUAACAUGUAUAUGUCUAUGUACACGUAUAUGUACACAGGAUGAAAAAUAUAACGUAAAUCAUCAUUUUUCUCCUCGAAAAAAAUCUUUUUUUUUCUAUUUUAUGUAUAAUUUAUAACUUUACGAAACGAUCACAAUUUACCUAUUCUUUUCUUUAUAUAUUUUAUUAAAUAUUUCAAAAUAUGUAAAUAUAGUCGCGUUAUAUGAUUCAGUCUGUACAUUCGAUUAUCGAUGAUACAGUCAAAGAGACUACAGGAAGAUAUAUAUAUAUAUAUAUAUAUAAACACACACACAUAAAUAUAUUUAUAAUUCUUUCGUUAGGAAAGAAAUGGAGUUGUUCUCUUUGGUGAUCGAUCGACGAAAGACUUAUCGUCUUGAAAGUUCUAACGGUCUCUUACUCUCUCUUUCUUUUCCUCUCUUUCUCUCGUAAAUGUGACUUAGAUACUGAGUACCUUAUCGAGAAACUAAAAUCAAUAUCAAAGAUCGUAUGUCGAGCUAUAAUCAAAAUAUAUACAUAUAUAUAAUAUAUGCAUAUUAUAUAUAUACAUAUUAUAUCGAAGUUGAUUUAUCAUCAAUCUGUAAGAGGAAAAUAGAACAAAGGGGAAGGAAGAAAAAAGAGAGAAGAAAAGAAAACGACCGACGAACGUAUGUUAUCAAGUAGGAUUAUUAAUUAAGCGAGAGCACGUAUCAACGCGCAAAUCAAAAAAAAAAUAAAUAAAUAAAUAAAAAGAAGAAAAUUAAAAGGAAAAGAAAAAAGGACGAUUAAGAUGAUCAAUUUUACGCGCUGACGUUGCGAACAUGAGAAGGAGAGAAGCCGACAGAUAAGCGUCUUUCUAUUUCUGACAAAUAUUUCUCUAAAGGAAUGCACAAUUAAUCGCGACCAGUAUUCGCUUACGGAGUCGUUAAAAAAAAAAAAAUAAGAUAAAUAAGAAAAGAAAGGAUCUUUUCUUCCUACUGGAAGAAUGAUCUUAACAAAAAGAAAUAAUCUUCUAUCUCUCUUUCAUCUGUAAUAUCUCUUCUCCAUAAUGAUAUUAUGUUGAUACAACGUAUGCAACAUAAAGUAUCAUAUUCAAUUUUGAACGUUAUCUUUUAUUCGAAAUAUUAUCGACACCUUUAUUUAUGUAUUCAGUUAUGUUCAUGUUAAUUUAAAUUGACAAACGAAUGAGUUAUAAUAUUUUUUAUGUCUUGAUUUUACGUCUUGUAACGGAAAUCAUUUAUUAUAACAUAUAAUAGGCACAUAAAGCAUUAAAAUUUUCACCGGAAAGAGAAAAAAGUAAAACAUAAAACUUAUAUGUUCGUAAACAACAUUAAAAUCGUAGAAGUGUCGAUUUAAGUUUCGUUUAUUUUAUUUUCAGAAUUUGAGAUACAAUGUUAAAAAAUUGAGGUUAUAAAUUGAACGUGACAAUUUACGUUGUAAUAUACAUAAUAUUAAUCGUAAAUCAUUCAUCACUAUUUCCGUAAGCGAAGUGUGAACACGUACCGGUGCAAGUUUCACUUGUAUCAAUUGAUCGAUCGAUCCAUCGAUCAAUCGAUCAAUUAUAUAAAUUUGGGAUAAAUUCGUGUCGGGCAUACCCUGUACCUACAAUGGGACCAAAUUAACGAAUAUUAAAGAAAAAAAAAGAAAAAAAAAGAAAGAAUCAAGGAACAAUGUUUAUUUUGCGUUCACCGUCGCGCUUGCGUCCUACGUAUUGUCGCACGAAGCGUUCUCUCAUUCUGUUCGCACGAUCGCUCGAAGAUUCGAUUCCAUUGGCCAAGUUUUGACGGCAAAUCCUCGUUAUGAUAUUCGGAUUUACCAAAAUAAUCCACGAGAAAGAUCUAUCGCUAUCGAUUUACCGAAACAAAUACAAAGAAGACUUUUACUUAUUCCUCUUAAUUAAUUAUACAUAAUCAUCAUAAGUAGCGACAUGAUCGAUUCGAUAGAGAACAUAUUUAUCGAUAGAUUAAUCUGAUAAAUUUUUACAUACGAGAACAUACGUCUUAACUUAUUACCGUUGUUGUUGUUGUUGUUAUU